AUGACUUAUGCGCGCACAGGGGCGGAUCCAGUGCAUUUGUUACGGGUUCCUGUGAACCCAGUGAAAGAAACUUCAUAUCAAAGGCUCUGCGAAUCAAAGAGCAUCUUAACUGUGAAUGGACAAUUUCCAGGACCCACUAUUUAUGCUCGGAAAGGAGAAACUAUUAUUGUGGAUGUCUACAACAAAGGGAAAUCCAACAUAACCAUUCACUGGCAUGGAGUAAAACAACCCAGGAAUCCAUGGUCAGAUGGGCCAGAAUACAUAACCCAAUGUCCGAUCCCCCCAGGUUCAAAAUUCAGGCAAAUGUUGAUCUUUUCGGAUGAGGAGGGCACCUUAUGGUGGCAUGCACACAGAGAAUGGGAUCGAGCCACGGUUCAUGGUGCCAUUGUUGUUUAUCCCAAACUUGGUACUAGCUAUCCUUUCCCCAUACCUGCUGCCGAACUAACCCUUGUCUUAGGGGAAUGGUGGAAAGAAAACAUUAUGUUGGUAUAUGAGCAAUUUAUCACCUCAGGAGGUCAACCAAUUGAUUCUGAUGCUUAUACAAUAAAUGGUCAGCCUGGAGAUUUUUACCCUUGCUCAAAGCAUGAGACAUUCAAGCUAGAGGUAGAGUGUGGGAAGACAUAUCUGCUACGGAUCAUAAACGCCGCAAUGAAUGAAAUACUUUUCUUUGGAAUAGCAGAGCAUAAACUCACAGUAGUAGGAACAGAUGGAAGCUACACUAAGCCUUUGACAAGGGAUUUUAUCACAAUAACCCCUGGACAAACAUUUGAUUGCAUAUUGGAGGCUAACCAGAAGCCUGGCCGUUAUUACAUGGCUGCUAGAGCUUAUUCCAGUGGGGUUAAUGUCAAUUUUGACAACACAACCACCACAGCCAUUGUGGAAUACAAAGGAAACUACGACGAAUAUUCUCCUCCUCCUCCAUUGCCUUAUUUACCUUGUUACAAUGAUACUCUUGCAGCUGUAGAUUUUAGUGCUAGUCUUAGAAGCUUGGCUUCAAAAGACCACCCGGUAUCUGUACCAAUUGAAGUGAAAGAUAGAUUGAUAUCAACAGUUUCAGUAAAUGCAUACCCUUGUCCUAUAAACAGCACAAAUUCUACGUGCCAAGGACCUAAUGGAACGAGACUAGCAGCGAGUAUGAACAACAUAAGUUUUGUCAACCCGUCCAUUGAUAUCCUAGAAGCAUACUAUUAUCAUAUAAAGGGUGUGUUAUUCGGGGACAAAUUUCCAAAGUUUCCGCCAUACGUAUUCAAUUAUACUGCAGAUGUCCUGCCUUUGAAAUUGGAAAUACCAAAAAGCGGGACACACGUAGUAAUGCUGAAGUAUAAUACCACAGUUGAGCUUGUUUUUCAGGGGACUAACCUGGUUGCUGGCAUAGAUCAUCCAAUGCAUCUACAUGGAUUUAAUUUCUACACUGUUGGAUUGGGACUUGGAAAUUUCGACGAGAGGUUGGAUCCUCUGAACUAUAAUCUUGUCGAUCCUCCUCUCCAGAACACUGUUGCAGUCCCUAAAAGGGGUUGGGCUGCCAUUAGAUUCAAAGCAGACAAUCCUGGAGUUUGGUUUUUGCACUGCCAUUUUGAGCGUCAUUUAACAUGGGGCAUGAAGACUGUAUUCAUUGUGAGAGAAGGCGAUUGCCCUGACAAAAAGUUGUUGCCACGUCCCUUAGACAUGCCUCUAUGCUGA